AUGGCGGCCCUGCGCGCGGCGGCGGCCGCGGCCGCCCUGCUGCUGCUCCGGACGGCGGCCGGGCUCGGCACCCGGCCCGCGGGGGCGCAGGAGCCCGGCGGGAGGCGGCCCGUACAGCGGAGGUCCGAGCUGGGCAGCGGCGACCUCGUCGCGGGGGCAGAUGCGGACGACGAGGACGGGUUCGACACGUGGUAUUUCGAGCACGCGGGAGACGACACCAGCAGGCUUUCCGCGGGGUUCGAUACCAGCGGCCCCGAGAAGACGGAGGUCGACCCUGAGGAGGCAUCGCGCGUCGCUGAAGCGUGGGCGCACUGCCAUCAAGGGUACCUCUCCCACGGAUCAGUGCCACUCGAGAACGGAGUUAUUACUUACCUGGUGACCCGGCCGUCAGAUCUGAAGAUGUUGGAGGACAGCUUGCAAAGACUUCGGUACUUCAUCCUCAAGCAUUGGCCAUAUGACGUUAAA